AUGAACAUCUCCUCGAAAACCGGUCUAAUCGCGAGCCCUCGGAAGCGGAUCAUUCGCCCGAAGAAGGAAUUCGACCCGGCCAUCCUGGCACCGUGUGCGAUUACCCGUCAAGUCCCCCUGGCGUUGCGCCCCUUCGGUGGACUGUACAAUCCGUACUCCAAGGGUUGCUCCGUUCUGUGCAAUCAUCCGGCCGCCCAGGAGGUGAAAAAUGUAGUCCGGUUAGCUAAGGACGCUUGGAUAAACGAGGUCAGAACCGUCCACAACGAGAAGCUGAUGCGGAAGAAUGACGGCACGGGUCGUAUGUUGUCUAGGGAUUCUGACCUGCCGGAGCAUGUACCGGAGGAGUUCUUCCGCCGGUACACGGACACCGAUUCCCGGCCGCUAACACCAACACCGACCGUAGCUAGUGGACGCACCCGGGCGAGCGUCGGAGGGUCCCACAUGACACGGCGCUGUGUCACACCGGAACCUCAGACGCAAAACUUGCAGGAACGGAAGCAACUCAUUCUGGAUUUGCGGCGAAGUCACAGUCAGGAAACUCUGUACUGGAAUGCUUCAUCGGAACUAUCGCCGAGCCAACUGCAAGAUCCUUCCUGGAUGCAGCAUCACAGCCAGAUACCGCAAACGGUAGACGAAGAGCGUGUUCUCGGGGAAGGGGCGGAAUCAGACAAGGAGGGUAAACCCACUCCGAUGACCUGUAUCAAUGCGAUGGAGGAUGGUGAAGAGGACCCACCGAGAAGGCGGGGCAAGCGAAGGAAAAAGUCCAAACAGUUGACACAGACGAUCAGCUUCACGCCGAAUCAAGAUCCGGAAACGCAGGUUGCUACGAUCGAUCCGGACUCACCGAACUAUUCGGCUCGUCCUUCGCUGGUACCGACCGGUCGCAGCCUGCUCAGUUCGGCCGAAACGCCUCCGAGGGCAAGCACUGCCGAACCGGUGGAGUACAUCGAAUGUUUCCUGGACGAGGAGGCGCUCAGUUUACUGAGACGUGGCCUGAAUAUCGACAUCGUAGAAGCGGUUUUCGAUCGAUACAAAUCACGUGCAAUGAGGGAAGCAUUUCGAACCGCCACAGUGGACAAGCUGAACUUUCAAUCGAAGGAAGUCCGGCAGCUGCAGAACACCAUCAACGUCCACGAUAUCGAUUACGAUAAGUGGAUCGAUCUGCCACGUAAAUAUUCGCGAUCAUCGGCUCGGUUUGAGCUACCAAUGGACACCAGAACCCUGUCAACAAUGACACCGAUUGAAUAUCUGAAACGGCACGUAGUGCUCAGUGACGAUCGCAAGAAGCUCUACCACAGAAUUUUCGUUCGCAACCUCCCGGCGGACGACAGCAAAACCGUGCACGAGUCGAUCGACACGGAAUCCCUGCCGGAAACGGAACCCAUUUCGCAGGCUGCCAGCUUUCGGAACCUACUGGCCGAUAUCACCCGUGUGAUUCCGAUGGCCAACUUCGAUAAGGCGAUGCACGAAGCACUCGGGUUCCAUGGAACGCCGGAGAAGAUUUUCGAAAUUCGCGAGCUGCUGGAGUUGAACUACGAGUACUAUCAGGAGAUUCCGAUUGAUUUCCGGUCCUGGUGCGGUAUCGUUGCCUUCUCCGAGCGGUACAUUAUCACGCAGGACCGGAAAACCGAUCCCUGCAAUGAGCUCGAAAUGGUCGACUUCGAAUCGCUGGAACGGCGAAUCCGAUCCGCAAAACCGUCGGAAAAUCUAUGCAAGGUAUUGCAUCUGAUCAAAAGCAACUAA